AAUAUAACUGCAGACUCAGCUGGUGCAGUUGACUCCAGUCCUUUAUUUCUCUCUACAGGAAUCUCACUAGCACAAGAUGAAGCUGACAUUUGCUCUCAUCCUUGCACUCCAAGUGUCGGUGUGUGUCUGGGCACAGCAAUGGCCCGAGCCUGACAAGGAGUUAGUUGAGAAAUAUGAGGGACUGAAGGCAGUUUUCUUUAAGAGGAUUGUCACUGCUUGGGAAAAGGUCAAAGACUCAGCUCAGCCAAUGCUAGAGAGCUCACCAUCAGGAGGAAGAGCCCAGGAGAUUUAUGAUGAACUUAAGAAAAGCCCAAGAAUGGAAAGCGCCGUCAAAAUUAUCAGCGGUCUGGUCAGUGAGAUGGAGCCUGUGGUGGACAAAGCUCGCUUGGCUCUUCUCGGUGCUUAUGGCCAUUACCUCCGGCCCUACGUUGGCGAACACCUGGACAAAGCAAUCACCAGCAUCAAGCCAGUGCUGGAUACCGUCCUGCCUCAAGGGGCUUAGAGUCCACUGCUCAUCAAACACUGACUACUUCAAACAAGCAAACAUGCAAUUUCAUUGCUUCAAUAAUAGAUCCAAAUCUGAAACUGUUUGUCCAGCUCAGUCAGCAUGUCAGUACAGUGUAUUUGCAUGUAUAUACUGUAUCUGUGUAUUUGAUACUGUUCUGCUUAGUGCAGAGAAAAAAAUAA